UGUGAUUGAGUCCAGUGCAAGAGAUCUCGCAAUGAAUCGGACCUUUGACCUCAUCGCGCCCCGUCUUCCAAGCUUCAGUGAAAAUGAGUGGAACCGGUGGUUCCUCGAUUUGCUAAGACCUUGUCUGGCAAGCUUCAACCCGUUGAUGCUCAUGAAUGUAACGUCGUUCAUAAACUGCACAAACUAUCGUGCUGUUGUGAAGGGGCUGAGCCAUGUUUACUCCACAACACCUCCGGAAAGACAAAGAGCAAAUGCUGCAGUUUUGCUCAACUUCUUGAAGGAUUCUGCCGGUGAAUUCAACACACCAGCUUGCAGGAAAGGAAUUCAGAACGAUGCAGAAUUUCUUGAGAAAAACCUGGGCUCAUUUGUAGAGCAGGCUACCUUCACAGACCUGGAAGCUUUCAACAUCUCCAUCACUGGUGCCAUUUCACAGCUCCGUCCUUCUCAGUUGGCACAAGUUCUACAGAGCUCAGGGAACAUCAAUAAUACAGACACAGUCAGGCUCGUAUUUGACCGGCUCGAGCAGGGCGAUGGCUUUGAAAAUGUGGAGGUUUUGCUCACUGAACUCACAAAAAAUGCACCGAAUAUUGUGAUUGAAUCCAGUGCAAGAGAUCUCGCAAUGAAUCGGACCUUUGACCUCAUCGCGCCCCGUCUUCCAAGCUUCAGUGAAAAUGAGUGGAACCGGUGGUUCCUCGAUUUGCUAAGACCUUGUCUGGCAAGCUUCAACCCGUUGAUGCUCAUGAAUGUAACGUCGUUCAUAAACUGCACAAACUAUCGUGCUGUUGUGAGGGGGCUGAGCCAUGUUUACUCCACAACACCUCCGGAAAGACAAAGAGCAAAUGCUGCCGUUUUGCUCAACUUCUUGAAGGAUUCUGCCGGAGAAUUCAACACACCAGCUUGCAGGAAAGGAAUUCAGAACGAUGCAGAAUUUCUUGAGAAAAACCUGGGCUCAUUUGUAGAGCAGGCUACCUUCACAGACCUGAAAGCUUUCAACGUCUCCAUCAUGGAAGUUCUGGACCGUCUCACACCGCAGCAAAAGGCUGAGUUACUUGUGGAUCCAGACACUGGUGCUUUGGAGAAUGAGACCUUCAUAAAGGUGGUGUGCAACACGUUCUUGGAUUCCUCAGACACUGACCCGCUCAGUCAGUUCAUCCAGGCCUUUUUCAGACAAAUCCCCAGGAACGCUGACUGUCCAUCAUACACUGCCAUAGUCAAUGGUCUUCAGCAGUGCUUCAAAUUGAAUCUUCCAGAGAGUGUGAAAUCAAGCAUAGGAAGCCUCCAAAUGAAAUUCCUACGUUGUCGCAUUACAGGUUCUCUGAGGUGCAACAACACAGCAGUUAACGUGAGUCAUAUCUGUGCUGACGUCAGCGGGUCACAACAAAUCCAAUCUGGUGGCAACUUGACAGAAGCCCUGUGCAAUAUUUCCAUCACUGCACACGCCUGUUCCUCAGCUACACAUCUCACACCCAGCAACGUUGCGACACUGUUGAACUGUUCGCUGCAAAGCCAAAUGACAUACUCCCCAGAGGUCUGGAAGCUUUUCAUCCGAGAAGCUUCUCCUGUGCUGGAUGAGGCUCUUACCAUGUACUCUGCUAUGGCUCCCAACACCAGCAGUCAGUCCUUGACCCCCAUUCUUGAGGCUGUUGGAGAGGUGAUAAUUGCCAACUUCAGCCAGAUGCAAGUGCAAGAUGAUGCCUUUGUCAAGAGAUGGUUUGAGACAAACCUUCAUCCAUUUUUGGCUGCUUCAUCACCCAACUUCCUGUUUUGUCUCAGCUCGACAAACUUCAGCUGCCAAACGUACCACACUGUCAUCCGGGCAUUCAGCAGAGUCCAACCAUCCAUGAAGAGAGAGACACAGAAAUCAGUCUUGACUCAUUUCAUCCAGCCGUUCCUUGUGAAAAAUGACUCAUCAGAUCCUGGCUGUGUCUCAGCCAGCAGUGGUACUAAAGAGUGGCUCCAGGAUAACUUUGGUAGCUUCUCUGAAUUUGCAGAUCUGCAGGAUUUGCAAACCCUCAAUCCCAAUUUUUCUGUUACUGACUCCAUUUCACAGCUCCGUCCUUCUCAGUUGGCACAAGUUCUACAGAGCUCAGGGAACAUCAAUAAUACAGACACAGUCAGGCUCAUAUUUGACCGGCUCGAGCAGGCCGAUGGCUUUGAAAAUGUGGAGGUUUUGCUCACUGAACUCACAGACAAUGCACCGAAUAUUGUGAUUGAGUCCAGUGCAAGAGAUCUCGCAAUGAAUCGGACCUUUGACCUCAUCGCGCCCCGUCUUCCAAGCUUCAGUGAAAAUGAGUGGAACCGGUGGUUCCUCGAUUUGCUAAGACCUUGUCUGGCAAGCUUCAACCCGUUGAUGCUCAUGAAUGUAACGUCGUUCAUAAACUGCACAAACUAUCGUGCUGUUGUGAAGGGGCUGAGCCAUGUUUACUCCACAACACCUCCGGAAAGACAAAGAGCAAAUGCUGCAGUUUUGCUCAACUUCUUGAAGGAUUCUGCCGGUGAAUUCAACACACCAGCUUGCAGGAAAGGAAUUCAGAACGAUGCAGAAUUUCUUGAGAAAAACCUGGGCUCAUUUGUAGAGCAGGCUACCUUCACAGACCUGGAAGCUUUCAACAUCUCCAUCACUGGUGCCAUUUCACAGCUCCGUCCUUCUCAGUUGGCACAAGUUCUACAGAGCUCAGGGAACAUCAAUAAUACAGACACAGUCAGGCUCGUAUUUGACCGGCUCGAGCAGGGCGAUGGCUUUGAAAAUGUGGAGGUUUUGCUCACUGAACUCACAAAAAAUGCACCGAAUAUUGUGAUUGAAUCCAGUGCAAGAGAUCUCGCAAUGAAUCGGACCUUUGACCUCAUCGCGCCCCGUCUUCCAAGCUUCAGUGAAAAUGAGUGGAACCUGUGGUUCCUCGAUUUGCUAAGACCUUGUCUGGCAAGCUUCAACCCGUUGAUGCUCAUGAAUGUAACGUCGUUCAUAAACUGCACAAACUAUCGUGCUGUUGUGAAGGGGCUGAGCCAUGUUUACUCCACAACACCUCCGGAAAGACAAAGAGCAAAUGCUGCAGUUUUGCUCAACUUCUUGAAGGAUUCUGCCGGUGAAUUCAACACACCAGCUUGCAGGAAAGGAAUUCAGAACGAUGCAGAAUUUCUUGAGAAAAACCUGGGCUCAUUUGUAGAGCAGGCUACCUUCACAGACCUGGAAGCUUUCAACAUCUCCAUCACUGGUGCCAUUUCACAGCUCCGUCCUUCUCAGUUGGCACAAGUUCUACAGAGCUCAGGGAACAUCAAUAAUACAGACACAGUCAGGCUCGUAUUUGACCGGCUCGAGCAGGGCGAUGGCUUUGAAAAUGUGGAGGUUUUGCUCACUGAACUCACAAAAAAUGCACCGAAUAUUGUGAUUGAAUCCAGUGCAAGAGAUCUCGCAAUGAAUCGGACCUUUGACCUCAUCGCGCCCCGUCUUCCAAGCUUCAGUGAAAAUGAGUGGAACCGGUGGUUCCUCGAUUUGCUAAGACCUUGUCUGGCAAGCUUCAACCCGUUGAUGCUCAUGAAUGUAACGUCGUUCAUAAACUGCACAAACUAUCGUGCUGUUGUGAGGGGGCUGAGCCAUGUUUACUCCACAACACCUCCGGAAAGACAAAGAGCAAAUGCUGCCGUUUUGCUCAACUUCUUGAAGGAUUCUGCCGGAGAAUUCAACACACCAGCUUGCAGGAAAGGAAUUCAGAACGAUGCAGAAUUUCUUGAGAAAAACCUGGGCUCAUUUGUAGAGCAGGCUACCUUCACAGACCUGAAAGCUUUCAACGUCUCCAUCAUGGAAGUUCUGGACCGUCUCACACCGCAGCAAAAGGCUGAGUUACUUGUGGAUCCAGACACUGGUGCUUUGGAGAAUGAGACCUUCAUAAAGGUGGUGUGCAACACGUUCUUGGAUUCCUCAGACACUGACCCGCUCAGUCAGUUCAUCCAGGCCUUUUUCAGACAAAUCCCCAGGAACGCUGACUGUCCAUCAUACACUGCCAUAGUCAAUGGUCUUCAGCAGUGCUUCAAAUUGAAUCUUCCAGAGAGUGUGAAAUCAAGCAUAGGAAGCCUCCAAAUGAAAUUCCUACGUUGUCGCAUUACAGGUUCUCUGAGGUGCAACAACACAGCAGUUAACGUGAGUCAUAUCUGUGCUGACGUCAGCGGGUCACAACAAAUCCAAUCUGGUGGCAACUUGACAGAAGCCCUGUGCAAUAUUUCCAUCACUGCACACGCCUGUUCCUCAGCUACACAUCUCACACCCAGCAACGUUGCGACACUGUUGAACUGUUCGCUGCAAAGCCAAAUGACAUACUCCCCAGAGGUCUGGAAGCUUUUCAUCCGAGAAGCUUCUCCUGUGCUGGAUGAGGCUCUUACCAUGUACUCUGCUAUGGCUCCCAACACCAGCAGUCAGUCCUUGACCCCCAUUCUUGAGGCUGUUGGAGAGGUGAUAAUUGCCAACUUCAGCCAGAUGCAAGUGCAAGAUGAUGCCUUUGUCAAGAGAUGGUUUGAGACAAACCUUCAUCCAUUUUUGGCUGCUUCAUCACCCAACUUCCUGUUUUGUCUCAGCUCGACAAACUUCAGCUGCCAAACGUACCACACUGUCAUCCGGGCAUUCAGCAGAGUCCAACCAUCCAUGAAGAGAGAGACACAGAAAUCAGUCUUGACUCAUUUCAUCCAGCCGUUCCUUGUGAAAAAUGACUCAUCAGAUCCUGGCUGUGUCUCAGCCAGCAGUGGUACUAAAGAGUGGCUCCAGGAUAACUUUGGUAGCUUCUCUGAAUUUGCAGAUCUGCAGGAUUUGCAAACCCUCAAUCCCAAUUUUUCUGUUACUGACUCCAUUUCACAGCUCCGUCCUUCUCAGUUGGCACAAGUUCUACAGAGCUCAGGGAACAUCAAUAAUACAGACACAGUCAGGCUCGUAUUUGACCGGCUCGAGCAGGCCGAUGGCUUUGAAAAUGUGGAGGUUUUGCUCACUGAACUCACAGACAAUGCACCGAAUAUUGUGAUUGAGUCCAGUGCAAGAGAUCUCGCAAUGAAUCGGACCUUUGACCUCAUCGCGCCCCGUCUUCCAAGCUUCAGUGAAAAUGAGUGGAACCGGUGGUUCCUCGAUUUGCUAAGACCUUGUCUGGCAAGCUUCAACCCGUUGAUGCUCAUGAAUGUAACGUCGUUCAUAAACUGCACAAACUAUCGUGCUGUUGUGAAGGGGCUGAGCCAUGUUUACUCCACAACACCUCCGGAAAGACAAAGAGCAAAUGCUGCAGUUUUGCUCAACUUCUUGAAGGAUUCUGCCGGUGAAUUCAACACACCAGCUUGCAGGAAAGGAAUUCAGAACGAUGCAGAAUUUCUUGAGAAAAACCUGGGCUCAUUUGUAGAGCAGGCUACCUUCACAGACCUGGAAGCUUUCAACAUCUCCAUCACUGGUGCCAUUUCACAGCUCCGUCCUUCUCAGUUGGCACAAGUUCUACAGAGCUCAGGGAACAUCAAUAAUACAGACACAGUCAGGCUCGUAUUUGACCGGCUCGAGCAGGGCGAUGGCUUUGAAAAUGUGGAGGUUUUGCUCACUGAACUCACAAAAAAUGCACCGAAUAUUGUGAUUGAAUCCAGUGCAAGAGAUCUCGCAAUGAAUCGGACCUUUGACCUCAUCGCGCCCCGUCUUCCAAGCUUCAGUGAAAAUGAGUGGAACCUGUGGUUCCUCGAUUUGCUAAGACCUUGUCUGGCAAGCUUCAACCCGUUGAUGCUCAUGAAUGUAACGUCGUUCAUAAACUGCACAAACUAUCGUGCUGUUGUGAAGGGGCUGAGCCAUGUUUACUCCACAACACCUCCGGAAAGACAAAGAGCAAAUGCUGCAGUUUUGCUCAACUUCUUGAAGGAUUCUGCCGGUGAAUUCAACACACCAGCUUGCAGGAAAGGAAUUCAGAACGAUGCAGAAUUUCUUGAGAUAAACCUGGGCUCAUUUGUAGAGCAGGCUACCUUCACAGACCUGGAAGCUUUCAACAUCUCCAUCACUGGUGCCAUUUCACAGCUCCGUCCUUCUCAGUUGGCACAAGUUCUACAGAGUCCAGGGAACAUCAAUAAUACAGACACAGUCAGGCUCGUAUUUGACCGGCUCGAGCAGGGCGAUGGCUUUGAAAAUGUGGAGGUUUUGCUCACUGAACUCACAAAAAAUGCACCGAAUAUUGUGAUUGAAUCCAGUGCAAGAGAUCUCGCAAUGAAUCGGACCUUUGACCUCAUCGCGCCCCGUCUUCCAAGCUUCAGUGAAAAUGAGUGGAACCGGUGGUUCCUCGAUUUGCUAAGACCUUGUCUGGCAAGCUUCAACCCGUUGAUGCUCAUGAAUGUAACGUCGUUCAUAAACUGCACAAACUAUCGUGCUGUUGUGAAGGGGCUGAGCCAUGUUUACUCCACAACACCUCCGGAAAGACAAAGAGCAAAUGCUGCAGUUUUGCUCAACUUCUUGAAGGAUUCUGCCGGUGAAUUCAACACACCAGCUUGCAGGAAAGGAAUUCAGAACGAUGCAGAAUUUCUUGAGAAAAACCUGGGCUCAUUUGUAGAGCAGGCUACCUUCACAGACCUGGAAGCUUUCAACAUCUCCAUCACUGGUGCCAUUUCACAGCUCCGUCCUUCUCAGUUGGCACAAGUUCUACAGAGCUCAGGGAACAUCAAUAAUACAGACACAGUCAGGCUCGUAUUUGACCGGCUCGAGCAGGGCAAUGGCUUUGAAAAUGUGGAGGUUUUGCUCACUGAACUCACAAAAAAUGCACCGAAUAUUGUGAUUGAAUCCAGUGCAAGAGAUCUCGCAAUGAAUCGGACCUUUGACCUCAUCGCGCCCCGUCUUCCAAGCUUCAGUGAAAAUGAGUGGAACCGGUGGUUCCUCGAUUUGCUAAGACCUUGUCUGGCAAGCUUCAACCCGUUGAUGCUCAUGAAUGUAACGUCGUUCAUAAACUGCACAAACUAUCGUGCUUGUGAGGGGCUGAGCCAUGUUUACUCCACAACACCUCCGGAAAGACAAAGAGCAAAUGCUGCAGUUUUGCUCAACUUCUUGAAGGAUUCUGCCAGUGAAUUCAACACACCAGCUUGCAGAAAAGGAAUUCAGAAUGAUGCACAAUUUCUUGAGAUAAACCUGGGCUCAUUUGUCGAGCAGGCUACCUUCACAGAGCUGAAUGCUUUCAACCUCUCCACAGAGGUGGUACUGCAGUCUCUUUCACCAGCAAAACAAGCUGAAUUCCUUCUUGAACCAGCCAACCUUUCAAAUGAAACUGUUGUGACGCUGGUGUUUACACAACUCAUUAAUUCGUCAGAUGUGGCAGAGCUUGGCACUUUCUUCAGCACGUUUGUUGGUGGUAUUUCCGAGCGCAACACAACCAUUGAUCCAAAAGUGCGAGACAUUGUUUUAAGUAUGACGCUGAUGGCACUUGGUCCACAACUACCCAUGCUACGUGCUCAAGAAGUUGACAUAUGGUUCAACAAAAACCUUGUACUAUUCCUACCCAGCAUUAAUGUCACAACAAUUAAUUUGAUUUCAAAAAACAUCAGUUGUGCAUCUUAUCAAGAAAUUGUCAAGGGUUUCGGCAGUGUCGACAGUCAUCUCUCCCAAAACCAGACUGUGCUGAUUUUCUCAUUUUUAAAGGAAUAUCUGAUGGCACAGUCCUCAUCAGGUUUAUCCUGUGUUGAAGGUGUGAAUGACAGUAGGCGUUGGCUUCAACGCAACUUUGGCCCAUUCCGUGUGCAUGCAACCUACAUGGAUUUUGUGACUCUUAACAGGGACUUCAGUGGGGUGGAGGUUGCAGAUCUCCUUACUUUAGAUCAGCUGGCCCAACUGUCAACACACCCAUCACGACUAAACACAGCACAACAUGCGGAAAUAAUCAUAAACUCUGUCAGAUCUGCUGACCUCGGUGCUUUCUUUGACACGGUCUCACCUGCCAUUGAGAAUGACCAAGCCAACUACUCACAAGAUGUGAAAUCUACUUUCCUCAAUGCAAUAUUUGUCAGAGGAAAUCUAUCCUCUCCAGCAAUCAGUGACACAAUGGUCCAGUUCUGGCUUGAUCAUCGACUAAGACCCCUUUUGCACAACCUCCGUUCCAGUCUGGUGACACCACUUUUUAACAUUUGGAACAACAGGAGUUGCAACAGCAGUGAAGAGAUGAUUGGUGUGUUGGAAAAACUUCAUCUUACAUUCAGCAACGCCACCCGAAGGGAGAUCAACAGAAAUAUUUUCCUCUUCCUUCAAGGACCAAUGCCUCUCAGGUGUUACACUGGUGGAAGUUUCUUUGUGUAUUUAAGAAACACCUUCCAUAGUUUUGGCUCUCCAGAUGUGUCCAUGUUCAUAUCUCUUCUCCCACAAGAUCGACAGUCAGAGCUUAUAUGUACCAUCAGCACAUCAGAGCUGCGUCAGUUCCUCAGUCAACCUAAUGUAAUUGGAAACAGCUCUGACAUCUGUAUCAUCUUCAACAACUACAACAACACCUCUGCUUUCCUAGAGACCGAAGAUGUGCCAGACGAUGUGAAAAUGGCGAUUCUUCCCUGUGUGUGGCCUUUAUCCUUACGCAGUAACAGCAGGUCUGACGUUAAUCUCUGGUUUGACGUACGGUUGAGAAACUAUCUCAGGUUCCUCAAUCAGCGCCUUAUCAGCUCAGGUGAAGUGCAGAAUGCCACUUGUGUGGCCUUCCAGAAACUGGUCUUGGUAAUGGGAACCAACUUCACCUACAGUGGCACAGACAUUGAACCGCGUGAUGUGUACAACACCAUUAGGAGCUACCUGAGCAAUGUCUCUGGAGUCAAAUGCUACAAUGCCAGUGAUGCAACACUAAACUCGACUGCCUGGUUUGUCAAUUACAUCGGAACGUUUGUGAGAUUUAUUACACUGGACGAUCUGAAUGCCUUUGUCAACACCAGUCAAAUUGCAGUGUUCGUGCAGAAUCCAGCUAAUCUUCAGCUCUUUAACAACACAGCAGUUCCAGAAGAUGUAAUUGAUUUUUACAUCAGUGAGCUUUACAACAUCAAUCCCACUUUCAACCCUGUGAACCUUCCUGGGCAUCUUCUGUGCUCUGCUGAUGUUCCAGGUUCAGCAUUUGUUUCUCAGAAUGAAGCUGAUGCCACACUCCUCUUGCAGAAACUAAAUAAUUUCUGCAAUGGUUCACAGAAUCGUGAGGUAUCUGCAGCUCUGGCAUCAAACUUUAAAGAGAUCAAUGCAAAUAUUAUUAAGGUAUUAGGCGAGAGCAGCUCAGGUCUGAGCACUGGCCAGCUGGCUACAGUUCCAUCAUCAGUGCUAGUUUCCGCCUUGCCCACACUGGGAUCUGCCAAUUCCUGGGACCAGGGUCAAGCCAAUACAGUCAUCCAGAAAAUCACAUCUGGAGGCUUCAAGAUCAACAGUGGGUCCUCCCUGACAUCCCUUGGAACUCUUGUCAUGGGCAUUUCAUCUGACAUGAUGGAAAGCAUUCCAUCUUCUGAAUUACUGAACAUUUCCCACAACGCCAACUUUGUUUCCAAUAUUGAGGCAGCCCCACCAGUUGUCAGAGAGACCUUUGUCCAGAAAAUAAUCUCUGCAGACCCAAAUCCAGUCAUGGUAGUGCAGAAUGUUCCUGAUAUGUUGGCUGGUGAGAUCUCACCGACCUUACUGGCAGGUCUCAAUAACGAUGUGAAGACGUCUGAGCUCAACCAGAAGCAAUGGACGCCAGAUCAGGCUCAGAUGAUUCUUCCUGUUAUCUCUCCAGACUUUGACACAGAGGAGUUAUCGACACCUGUGCUGCAAGGAUUCACAUGCACUUCGGUUGCAAGAAAGCCUAAGACCAGAGUUCGAGACCUGAUCCAUGCUUGUCGACCAAGGAGAGGUAGGCCCAAGGUGGAGCUGAAGGAGUCACAGGUGACUUGCAUGUACAACCUGAUCAGUGAGGACCUCUCACAGAACUUCACAGAGUAUCCAUCAGAGAUGCUGUUAUACUUCCAGAGCCGUAACGUCGAGAGGGCCAACUGCAGGUCAUACUUUAGAGCGAUGGGCGUGGCAGACUUCUCUGUGGUCUCCGAUGUUACGAAUGUGAAGAGAAAUCUGCUGGACAGGGCCAGGAGCUGUUUGGAUAUACGUGGUUUUAAUAUGAGUCGAGAGGAUGUAGAGAUAGUGGGCAACAUGGUCUGCACUCUGGACAGCUCAUACAUCGAGAACUCUGAUUCAAGCAUCCUGGAAAAACUGACAACCUGCCCAUCCCUCUCUGACAGCCAGGUGGCUGCUGUGGAAACACAGCUGCUCUCUGGGAAAACAAAAUACGGCAAUGUCAACAGCUGGAACACACAGACUUUAGAAGAACUUGGGAAUCUACCUCUGUUCUUCACAGGACGAAUUUGGGCGCACAUCGAAAAACGGAGAAGGAGAAGAUUUCUCAGGCGUUUUAUGCCACAACUGAGGAAAAAUAAUACCAGUAAGGCGAAACUCAAGAGGCUGUUUAAAGACAUCAGCGUAAACAGGAUAUCGAAGCGAGGAGCAGGGUGCACUCAGGGUAACAUCACCCAGGUUGAAGUUAACGACCCUUCCUUCCCCUUUGGUUAUGACACAACGCAAUUUGAUCUCUGUCUGGACAUCCCUGUUCUGAAGGACAACCUUGACGCCAUGUGUGACAAAGUGGAUGAUGAUGAAUUGCAGAAAAUCAUUCUGAAGAAGCUUAACCAGGCAUAUCCAUCAGGUGUUUCCGAUGAAAACGUUCAACUGCUGUAUUCAGUGUCUCGUGUGGCCACAAUUGAAGAUAUCAACAAGUGGAACAUCACCAAAGUUGACACCCUGUCGGCACUCAUGAACGCUGAUGAUGGACCAUGGGACCCAGUAAAGAGCAAAACAAUCAUUGCCAAGUAUCUCAACACAUCCGGGAACUCCCUGAACACCACAGAACUCAACGCGAUUAACUCCAAUUUAUGCUCAUUAGAUGUCAGCACACUGAAGACCAUCACCUUAAACAACUUGAGAAACACUAAACAUCUGAACAUUGAGUCAUGUUCACUUGAGAAGAAGAAAGCACUCUUUGAAAUCGCCAAUGUCUCCUUCAGUCCUGAGAGUGGCAAUCCCCAAGUUUAUUAUCCUCUAAUUCAGGGAUAUCUAGGUGGUGCAUCAUUUUCAGAAAUCUUGGCUUUGUCAAACCAGAACAUCAGCAUGGACAUAAACACUUUCCAGAACCUGGACCCUGCUGUGAUUGCUAAAAUGAACGUGACCACUGUGAGAAACCUCUUGGGUCAACAUGUAUCAGACUUAGCGCUGUUCCAGAAUGAUACAGUGAUUGCAGACUGGGUGAACAUGCAGCCGCAGAGUGACCUGGACUUACUGGGUCUGAACCUAACGAAAAGAGUGGCAACGUCCACACCAGCUCCAGGAAACACAACCUCAGAUACAACUGUGGCCACAACACCACCAACCACUGACGGAAAUACAACCAGCUCAAAUACAAGUGUGAACACAACCGGACCACUAACAGGCGGAAACACAACCAGCUCAAAUACAACUGUGGGCACAACCGGAUCAUCAACAGUCGGUGGAAACACAAGCAGCUCAAGUACAACUGCAGUCACAACCACACCACCAGCAGGCGGCGGAAACACAAGCAGCUCAAGUACAACUGCAGUCACAACCACCCCACCAGCAGGCGGCGGAAACACAAGCAGCUCAAGUACAACUGCAGUCACAACCACCCCACCAGCAGGCGGAGUCACCACCGGUCAGAGUACAACAACCACAGCCUUAGCAACACAAGCAUCCACCACCAACAGCGGAACACAACCUGCAAGACACAGUCCACAGUCCAUCGUCCUGACUGCCCUGUUGACAGCCAUGUUGCAACGUUUGCACCAUUUUCUCUGAAGGGUUUUUCGGAUGUUUGUCACUAAUGAUUUUAAUUUAAGUAAUUUUUCCAACUUGAGUGGGGACAAUCUUAAUAUUUUCUUGUAACUUUUGCUUCACUGUACGUUUGUGUAACAAUGUAACUGAGCAAUCACACAAUACAAAAAUAUAAGAUCAUGAAUUUUGAUAGUUUAUAUGGUUAUUGUGUGUUGGGGUCUUGAAAAACUGCUAAAUCAUUUAAUGCUACAAAUUUAAUACAUGCCAACAGUAAAUCAUCAGAAUGCAUUUUUAUACAUAUGUAUAUGUAUGUAUAUAUGUAUGUAUGUGUGUAAGUGUGUGUUUUCACCCAUUUGUUUGUGAACGAUCUGGAUCCCACAGUGUUUCAUGUAUCAUUAUGAAAUUCAUCAAAUAUCAAUUUUCUUUCAUAUUUGAGAGCGUAUCGACAGACAAAGUUUAAUCAGGUUCUGAUCCAGAUUGCAGAUUUAUAUAUAUAUAUAUAUACACACACACACACACACACACACACACACACACACACACACACACACACACACACACACUAAUAAAGCCAUAAUUAUACACUAAAGUAAAUCAUUAAUGUUUAAUAUAUUCUGUUGUAAUUGUAAUGUCUUCUGUGCAUUAAUAAAUGAACAC